AUCCUCUGAAAUUUUCGAUCCAUGAUCCGCGCACACAGUCGCUGACUUGAACGAACUAAGAACAAAAGUGGAAACCUGGAAAAACAAGGGAUUGGAUCUCCAAUGGAUUCGAACGCCAUGGCACAACUCCAAAGACCUUCAACCGAAACCCCAACCCUGCUCGAUUCUCUGGGCGAAGAAAUCAUCAGAAUUGUAGCCCCAGUCUCAAUCUGCAUGUUCCUCGUUGUAAUCCUCGUCUCCAUUCUCAACACGGGUGACUCUUCCUUCUCCGUUUCCAGCAUCGCCACCAUUGCGUACACCGAGACAACCUCCGAUUCCUCCUGGGACAAGUUCCUAGGUGCCCUGCUCAACUCCCUCGCCUUCGUCGUCGUCGUCACCGUGGCCACCUUCGUCCUCGUCCUCCUCUUCUAUUUCAGGUGCACUGGCUUCCUCAAAAUCUACAUGGGUUUCUCCGCUUUCGUCGUUCUAGGGUUCCUCGGCGGUGAAGUUUUCAUCUUUUUGAUUCAGCAUUUUAGUACCCCAAUUGAUUGCUUCACUUUCUUGUUGCUUCUGUGUAAUUUUGCUGUUGUUGGUGUUAUGGCUGUCUUUAUGUCGAAAAUGGCUAUUAUUGUUACUCAGAGUUACUUGGUUGUUAUUGGGAUUCUUGUUGCUUAUUGGUUCACUAUGUUGCCUGAAUGGACCACUUGGGCCAUGCUUGUUGCCAUGGCAUUGUAUGAUCUUGCUGCCGUUUUGUUGCCUAUUGGUCCCUUGAGGCUUCUCGUUGAACUCGCCAUAUCGCGGGACGAGGAGAUUCCGGCUUUGGUUUAUGAAGCUAGGCCUGUGAAUGUUGAGAAUUUGGAUCCUAGGGUUGCUGUUGCUCAGAGGAGGCUGUGGAGAGAGAGGAGGGUUACCGAGAAUUCAAAUCUCCGGGGUGAUGCUAAUGUGAAUGUUAGUAAUAAUAAUGCCUUAGGUCUUGGUGCCAAUGCUGAGUUGAACCCUGGUUCGGAUUCAAACAGUAAUAAUCCCAGUUCGGCUGGGGAAGAUGCUAUUUUGGAUUCGAAUUUGGGUUCUAGUACUUCUUAUGGGAUCUAUAGUGACAGGAAUUUGGUUAGAGCUGAAGAGGGGCGAGUUCAGGAGACCAAUUCAGAGAUUACUACCCCAUUGAUUGGUCACGGAGUGAAUGUUCGGAUACAUAGCAGAGCAGAAAAUGUGGAUGCAUCAGAUGAGAAUUUGAUGUUGGAGGGAAUCGGAUUGGGUUCAUCCGGCGCAAUCAAGUUAGGGCUGGGCGAUUUCAUCUUCUAUAGUGUUUUGGUUGGCAGGGCUGCAAUGUAUGAUUUUAUGACUGUGUAUGCGUGUUAUCUCGCUAUCAUUGCUGGUCUGGGGAUAACACUGAUGCUUUUGGCUUUUUAUCAGAAGGCUUUGCCUGCUCUUCCCGUGUCGGUCGCACUGGGGGUGCUGUUUUAUUUCUUGACCAGGCUCUUACUUGAAGUGUUUGUAGUACAAUGUUCCAUGAAUCUUCUGAUGUUUUAAAGUCAGAUGUUAUUUCUUGAGUCUAGUGCGUGGCUAAAAUGAAAAAAUAUAUAUUCUAUGCUUAUAUAUAUAGUUAUACACACUAGGGAAAGUUCUGGGCUCCUGUGUUUACUAGUAAGGCUUUUCAGAACUGUAUCUGUUCUUUCUAUUCUAUAGCACAUAACUUUUGAUGUCCCUCUUGGAUCUAAGAAGGCCCUCUUUGGAGACCAUUGGGAGAAGGGAAAUGGAGAUGUGGCAGAUUGAAUUUGAAUCCCCCACAUAAUAUUACCAUAGCCACCCUGGUAAAAGUUGAGCAUUGCUCAGCAGCUUUGAAGCCUUUGACUGAAAUACUAUGCGCUGCAGGUUGAGGAUCUGUGACCAAAUUCACUCAAUGCAUGUUCUUUAAAGUAGAAUGGGUCAGGUGAAAAAAAUAACGAAAAUGAAAUUAGUUCAGCAUGAAACAUCAUAAUCAUUAGUUGUUAGUCAAACCUUUACAUCAUUACUUUGUUGGUUGAAAUAACUUUAGUAUGAACAUAAUUCAUUUUCUUGACAAAAUCAGAUGAAAGUUAAUAGUUAUAUAUGGAUAUCAUUGGCAGCUAGUCUGAGCAAAGAUCGAAUAUUAUGAAUGAAUAGCAUGGAUGCAAAUUCCCUUCAAGGCAAGAAUGUUUCUGUUUAUCUUGUAUGUUGUAAGACAUUGGUAGUUGGUACUGCAUUUUAUCUACUUAGUGAAAGUAGGGACGCCAACACAACCCUACCCGGUGCGGGCCGGGUGUCUAACCAGAGUGGGAUGGGUUGUAUUCGGGGUGUACCUGUCUUUAUCCGUUCUGGUAUAUAUAUAACUUGUGCCUUAAUUUAAUUUAUGUUUGGAUGGUGUUUAUGGUUUUAUAAAUUUUGAAAUUUAAUUUAAA